AUGUCAAUGUUCAGAUCAGCAGCUGAGCUCUCUUCAUCCGACUCUCAAUCCAGUUCCGAUGAAGGUGAACGAGACGUGGUUGCAAGCUCAAGCUACCAUGCGGGAGGUGCGACCCAGCCUUCUGCCAGACCUAUCAAGACACCUCCCCUCAUAAGCAGGAGCUCUUCGUACCGUCGUCAUGAAGUUCCAGAGGCAAAGGAUAUUCCCGAUGUCGAUACCGGGAGUCACGCAAACAUGAUGACCGCUGCGUUGCUGGAGUUCUACUGUUUAAGCCGGGCCACGGACAUCUUGAAUGCCCAGGAGGGUUCGCACGGGAGUUACACCCGUGAGUCUCCGGAAGUACAGUACUUGGGCAAACGCAUGUACGCCUUCAAAUCGCAGUUUUUAUCAUCACACGGCGUGCUGGCCAGCGGUGUGGACAAGGAAGAUCUGGGCACAACGAGGCAAUACUACCGCGACAACCUUGAUUUACUUGGAGUUUCCGCCCUAGAGGGAUUAGAUUUGAACGACCGCCAUGUGCAACAGUCGCCAAUCAGUACGACAAAGGACCUAGCUCUGGCUUCCAGGUCCUCAAGCAUGCGCUUCCUCACAGAGAGUCCACAUGGAGGUCAUGCACACCACAUGGACCAAAGACGGGAAAUACUUAGUCUCAAACAGUUUUCCGGUGGAAGAAAUGUCACCCCUCUGGAAGAUAUUCGGUUAGAUGUCACGAAAUUGCCACAUCGAACGUUGCCUUUCACCGGGAGUUCUCCUGUGAGCUUCCCGCUCUUCGGUUCUCAACCAUCGUCGCCUGUCACUGCCAUGUCUCGUUACGCAACGGAGUUCUCUGAGAUUGGUAUUUUGGGCCGGGGCUCAUAUGGCGAGGUUUACCAUGUGCAGAAUCAUAUUGACGGACAGAAUUACGCCGUUAAGAAGAUUCCAUUGAGCCAAAGACGGCUGGAGCAAUUGCAGUUUGGUGGUAAUCAACUUGAAACCAUCAUGAAAGAAAUCCGGACGCUGGCUCGACUAGAGCAUACUAACGUCGUUCGAUACUACGGUGCAUGGGUUGAGAAAGCGAACUUUUCGCAACGCAUCUCCAAUCGACCGACUCCUUUUGUAUCCAAUAAUGGACAAACUGCGUUUGACCAAGAACAAACUCAGAGUUACCUGCCCAGCCGCGACCAAACGGAUAACCAAAGCUACGGCGUUGUAUUUGAGCAUUCCGAGAGUUCUAUGGUUGAAACGCAUUCAGAUACAAUGUCACAGCGGAGUCAGUCGACCACAACCUCGCGACACUCGAAGAGAUCUUCUACUCAAUUCGACGAAGAGAUCGAACCUAUCGCCCGCGAGUUCAGCGUCCCAUCUCAGGGUCAGUUGUCAACUUUUGGUGGGAAUGACAGCGAUAUUUUCAGUGACGGACUUAGCCAUGACGCUUCGAAAAUGCAGGUCCAACGAAGGGCCAGAGAUGGGACGAAUGAUCCUGCUGUUGUCCUUCAUAUCCAAAUGUCACUGCAUCCUACUUCACUUGGUUCUUACCUCAAUCCACAGCCAAGCGACAAGGGAACGCGACGUCACUGCUAUCAUCUUGUUCCGUCCUUGAGGCUGAUGCUUAACAUCAUCUCUGGUGUCGAGUAUAUCCACUCCAAAGGCAUCGUGCAUCGUGAUCUCAAACCGGCGAACAUUUUUCUGUCAUCUCCAGAGAAUAGCAACCUGGAGAUAUGCGGUACUUGUCAGAAACAACCCGAAUUGGACUGCCGGUAUUGCCAUCCUCGUAUCGGUGAUUUCGGACUCGUCGCAGACAUCUCGCAUAUCGACGAUUGUUCUCGCAGAGGCUCAGUGCCAUCACAAAAUAUGAACCGUGUCGUCGGGACCGAAUUCUACCGCCCGCCUAAUAACAGCAACGGCCUCGGAAUCUCGGAGUCGGAUGAAUCCAUAACCGACGAGGAUUAUUACACCAUCGACGAACGACUUGAUGUAUACGCCCUUGGAGUCAUUCUAUUCGAGCUCUUAUAUCGCCUGGGUACGAAGAUGGAACGCCAGAUGGUUUUGAGUGAAUUGACCCGGGGUAGGAGCUCUUCGGCUUCUAUUGACAUUGCUACACAACGAACGGUGUUCCCAUCUGAUUUUGCGGAGAAAAUCGAUAUGGGACAGGUACCGCUCGAGGAGGGAAUGUCCGUCGCAGAGUCUGUGAUGACCUGCAUUAGAGGCAUGCUGGAGCCGCAUUCUAAGCAGAGAUGGCGCUGCUCCCAUGUCAAGAAGCAUUUGGAGGGGAUUCUAUGCACUUUGGAGAAAGCGUCAUGA